GCCCGCCUCCCUUCACACCCCGCAUCUCCAAUCAGCGUCUCCUUGGUGAAAUCUGACCGCGGAUCAGCGCAACAGGACUCCCGCCACACUACGGAGUUGUGACUGAGACCAGAGGAAAUCGUGCUCGCCAGGUCGGCUCGCCAAAACUCAUCCACAGACCUCGAACAGGGAACGGACAAGCGGGAGGAAAACGCCUGGAAGGAGCCACGCAGAAGUUUAACGCCAGAACAGCCACACCGGAGAGCGGAAAGAGGAGCGGCUGCGCUGGAGGAGUAGUAUUACGCUCAGCUCAUUUCCAACAUUUUCUAUUCUUGGCAGAGUCUCUGCUCCCACAGCCUCAUUUAAAAGGAGAGCUAGCGGAAUGUAAUGCUAGCAGGCUAGCAUACGUUGGCUAGCUAAUUAGCUCGACAGGCUCGGACGUGGGAUUUUUAUGAAAAAAAAGGUCGUAGUUUGGCGUCGAUUCGACUUUUUAUAUGAACCGCAGGCGUUUGGUUGCUGUUGAGACGGGACCCUGACACCUUCAUGAUGGUGUGCCGCGCAUAGCUAACGCGAACUUACACAAGAAACAGGACAAGGUUCCCGAGUAUUGAUGUUAGUCUGGUCAAUAUUGUCAAAAAGCUGAACGCCGAGGUGUGAAAAGCUCGAGGAAAGGUGAGCAGAACAAAGACGCGAGAGUGUCCGCCGUCCAAUGUUAAUGUCGACCGACGUUGCAUCCCUAAUGCUACCCGUUAACCGGGGAAUAAUGGACCGCGAAAGAGACAUUGAGACAGCAGCCGCGGCGCCUCACGCCAACGCAGCCGGGGGUCCGGCGGCUGUCCGCGGGAUGAAGCGGGGGGACCCCGAGCCUGACGCUCAGACAGCCGCUGCCCUCACCGACCUGGCCGGAGCGGAGUGCAAAAGACCAAGGAUAGACGGCACCGGGAGCGUGGUGGGAGACAUCGGACAGAACAAUGAGCCUUUAAACCCUGGUUUCCAUGGAUACCCACCUCACAGUCAGGGCUCACAGGAUUCGACUGGAGGACAGGAGGCUCUGGUAGCUCCACCCUUUGCAGCCUUCCCUCCUCCACCCCCGCCUCAAAACGGGCUACCAGGAGCGGAGUUUGGCCCGGGGGCCAUGUUUGGAGCUGGGGGCCAAGGUUCAGCAGAGCUAGGGGUUGGUGCUAAUGGAGCCGCUACCACACCCAACAGCAACAAUGCAAAGACAGAGGAGGUGCCCCAAGGUGAGCCGGGUGUACAGUGUGCUGCAGGAGGAGCGGGAGGGUCUGCCGGAGACUCCUCAGAGGCCAAAGGGACCCCAAAACGCCUCCAUGUCUCAAACAUCCCCUUCCGCUUUCGUGAUCCAGACCUGAGGCAGAUGUUUGGGCAAUUUGGGAAGAUUUUGGAUGUAGAGAUUAUAUUCAAUGAGAGGGGUUCAAAGGGCUUUGGCUUUGUGACAUUUGAAAACAGCGCAGAUGCAGAGAAAGCCAGGGAAAAGCUGCAUGGCACCCUGGUAGAAGGACGGAAGAUUGAGGUGAAUAAUGCCACCGCCAGGGUGAUGACUAACAAGAAAAUGGUCAGCCCUUACCCUAACGGAGAGGCUCUCAGCACGCUGCCCUAUGCAGGGUGGAAAUUGAGUCCAAUGGUGGGGGCCGUGUACGGACCGGAGCUUUAUGCAGUUCCAGGUUUUCCAUACCCCUCAGCCGCAGCAGCUGCAGCCACCACAGCAGCAGCAGCAUUUCGCGGCGCCCACCUCCGGGGCCGCGGCCGGCCCGUUUACAGCGCCGUUCGGGCCGCCGUGCCUCAGGCUGCCAUUCCUGCCUACCCUGGACUAGUGUUUCAGGACUCAGUCCUUAGUCCCAGAUUGCCUCAGGGAGGUUACCCUGCUGCUGCUGCCGCCGCCGCUGCCGCCGCCUACCGCUACGCCCAACCUGCUGCCGUAACCGGAGCAACCGCUGCAGCUGCUGCCUACAGUGACAGUUAUGGUCGGGUGUACACCACGGAUCCAUACCACGCCCUGGCUCCAGCCGCCGCUGCGUACGGAGUGGGAGCCAUGGCCAGUUUAUAUCGAGCGGGAUACAGCAGGUUUGCUCCUUACUAGAACCAACAAACUGCACCUGAGGAACCCCCAUCUGCCCCAGCCCCCCUGUGGCAAGAGCUCCCAUCCAUUUCUCUGCUGGCAGACUAUAGUUCCAACUCACCCGUUUAGUUCUUUUCUCCCCCUUUUGUAGCCUGAAGGCUCAUUGCCUCCUCCGUCUGACGUAGAAUCAGUGAGAAACUGCCAGGACAGCCCCCCCGAAAGCUGGAGUCUGCUGUUGCUUUGCACGUCCGGGCAGGACUGGGGAUGUUAUCGAACACUUAAGGACCUGAGGGGCGGAGGACCGCUGCUCCAUCUGCCACACUACAAAGCCCUUUCUCCUCCGAGCCGAUGAACUGGACCCACUGCCCAAUCUGAGCUGUGCAGUUAGCAGCAGGCGACCAGCGUCCUCCACGUUCCUCCCGUUCUGAAUCACACUAUUGUACAACGGUACUUUUAGACACUACAUCGAUAUCAAGCUACAUCCUUCUACCACCAUCCCUGCAGUUCAACGCUAUAGAAUCAAGAAAAAGAAUCCAAAAUCAGGACAAAUAGGAAAAUAUUGUUUACUUUUUCCAAAGCUAGAAUCCUGAACUCUCAGCAAACCACUCGUCUUUCAGCAACUAUUUACUAUAUCCUCCUUGUUUUUGUUGUCACUUUCAAAUGACAACUUUUAUCCCAAGUGUUGGGGGGGGGAAAAACCCUCCGAGAAAAAAAAACCAAACGCAAAAAAAAAAAAAGAAAAGAAAAAAAGCGACAAAGAAAAAAGUGACUCUUCUUUUCUGCAUUACCUCAACUUUCUUUUGUCUUUUCUGCCAUUAAUAAGGAGCUGCAUAGAAAUGAGAAGAGAUGUGGACGUAUUCAGUCUGUUGACUCAUUUCUGCACGUUUUGUUGAUUCUAUCUGCAGCGUUUCUGUCCUCAGAUAGUGAAAUCUGGGUUUUUUCCACUCCUCUUUGAUCUGCCAGAGCGUCUCCUGUACAUUUCUGCAUCCUGAAGCAUCUUCCAUUCCAGCGAAGCGGGGAGACAAAUGAGAUCAUCAUAGUUUAGAUCUGCAGUCAAUGAGAAGAUCUGGACUUAGUGGAUCCCAUCAGGAAAGCUGUGGCUGAUCCAGUGAAAUGAAGUGUGAAAUGAUGGGAUUCUGUCAUCGAUUGUCUAUUUAUAUUCAUUUUUCUACACGGGGGAGUCGUUUCCGUGAUCAUGCUGUCACGGAUGGCUCGCCCUAAAACGGUCAAGGACGUCCCGAAAAGGCGACCGGUCAGCCAUGUUUGUGUUUCAUCGACUUUUUUUGCAGCUGUUUGGUUCCAAAGACUUUUUUUAAAAGAGAAGCACAUCGUUUUAGUCCCGAUACAUUUCCUACUUUUGUGCUGGUUUCUUUUCCUUUUAGUUGUUUGUCUGUGAGUUUUUACAGUGCAGUGUUGUAGCAGCACCCGGAGGGGAAUCACAAGGUGGUCGUUGUCGUUUGAGGUUUUUCCGAUCCGCAUCAGUGGUGGAAGCUGACUCGCUCGAUGCGUUUGCUGCAAAGGAGAUCCGAUCAAAUGGGAGACAUGAGGGACGCGCAGGAGGACGGAGGGGAGGGUGCUCUGCAUCAACAGAGGCCCAGCACGAGGGGCCCUCCAGCGCUGAGCGUGGGGGCUCCGGCGGGGCGGGGCAUGUUGUGAAGCUGAGCCACUAUUCCUGAGCUGACAGUAACGGCGCCCCCGCUGGACUCUGUGGGGAUGGAUCUGUUGUUUGGUGUGACUGCGCAGUAGGUCCAGUGAGUGUUUCCGACGAGCAUUACCUCCUUUUUGUGUUAUUGUGCUUUACGAGUAUUUCCAGAUGUGUGGCUAUGCAUGUUCGUGAAGGCGGGAAGGCGUGUUUUCCAUUUGUGCAUGAACCCAAAUGCUGGAGGGCGAGGAGGAGGUGUUUGUGAUGCUGCAGGAGUGACAGGAAGUGCAGCGAAGCUCCAUGGGUUUGAGACAGUAAAGUUAGUCAGGUUUGGGAUUGUGGGUAAUUUCAGCUGCAAGCCUCUGUGGUCGCCACGGUGAUCACCUUUCAAAUCAGGCGCAAACUUCAGUCAGGUUCCCGUCGACGGCUUCUGAAAAGUGAAGCUGAGCGUGUUUCGGUGAAGGCUCUCCUCAGCUGCUGACAUGGACCCCCCUCCCCCGCCCCGCGCUGUGGGACGUUCUGUACAGAGAUUUAAUAAGUGGGUUUCAAUUGCAUGUGGACACAUUUAUUUCUUUUCUUUUUGGGGUCACAUGCUCUUAAAAACCCAUUCAUCCAAGUGAUUUCUUUUUUUAAAGUGACGUGUUUUCUCACAAUGUUUAAUUUUGCCAUUGUUGUAUGCAUCUAGUUUAUUAUCCUCAUUAUUAUUGAAUGUACAUAAUAAAUAAACGGUUUGGUUUUUA